AUGGCAAAACAACGAAACGCGUCCCAGUCGCGCAGCAACGCGCUGCUGUCGCUCCUAUUCCGCUCGGCGAUCUUGGUCGCCGUGUUAUCACUUGCGUUGACAUACCUCAAUAAUUCGCUUUGGUCUCGCAUCACGGAACGCCUUGGUCGCGACCUGGACAAGUACGUCAGGGGCAGUAGCUCUCAUGUAUGCAGGCAAGCAGCAAAGCUCUCGCCAACAAACACGAAAUCGGAGCGCUUUGUCCGGGGCAAGGUCGAAUCGCCAGCGUACCAUGCAGAGAUCAUCCAGAAACUCUCUGGCAUCAUCCAGAUACCCUCGGAAAGCUACGACGAGCUCGGACCCAUUGGCACCGACGACCGCUGGAAUGUCUUCUACCGCAUCGAGGCUUUCAUCAAGUCGAAGUAUCCAAAGGUCCUCGAAAAGGCCGUAUUGGAGCAUGCAAACACCCACGGCCUGGUAUUAACAUGGAAUGGAAGCCUGCCGUCGUCACAGGCCAAGCCGCUCCUCAUGCUUGCGCAUCAAGAUGUCGUACCCGUGCUCGCCGACACCGUGCAAGACUGGACACACCCACCUUACCAGGGACAUUUUGACGGCGAGAUCAUCUGGGGCCGAGGCGCCACGGACGACAAAGGCUAUAUGAUCUCUAUCCUCGAGAGCGUCGACUUGCUUAUGAAGAGCGGAUUCGAGCCAAAGAGAACUGUGAUAUUGGCGUUUGGCUGCGACGAAGAGAUCAGUGGCGAGAAUUGCGGGCGGCCCAUCGCAGAUUUUCUACAUCGUCGAUACGGCGACGAGGGUAUAUACCUGAUCAUGGACGAGGGCUCCAUGGGGAUACAGAAAGAGUUCAACCAGUCCUUUGCCAUGGUCAGUGUCGCCGAGAAGGGGUAUCUCGAUAUCGGCAUCAACGUGACGUCGACUGGUGGCCAUGCGUCAACGCCGCCGGACCAUAAUGUCAUCGGCAUCAUGUCGGAAAUCGUCCUGGCCAUUGAGGAAAAUGCAUUCCCGGGAAGAGUUACGACAAAGAACCCGAUGUUUGGCUUCCUGGAAUGCGCAGCUGUACACGCUCCGCCAUCCAGUAUGCCUUUGGCGGUGCGAAAGAGAUUGAGCUCGGUCGCACGCGGCGAUGCCCAUGCGGAGACACAACUGGCACGAGACCUGGACGAUAUGCGAUAUUACUUCCGCACAAGCCAGUCAGUUGGGAAGAUGAGUGGCGGCGUUAAGAUAAACGCCAUACCGGAAAUCGCAUCCUCCAUGGUCAAUCUUCGUCUGGCCGUGGAGUCGUCAAUCAGCCUUGUCCAACAGCACUACGAGAAUCUCGUCCGGCCCAUUGCACAAAAACAUGGCAUGGUCUUUGAGGGAUUUCAAUCGUCGUAUGAAUCCACCGAGCGCCGAAAAGUGAGCCUCUAUGGAGUCGACGCCUUGGAGCCCGCGCCCGUCUCUCCGCUCGACAGCGAAUCCUGGAGGGUUCUGUCUGGCACAAUCCGAAAUACACUACGGCCACUGGACGAUGACAACGAACUCAUUGUCACGCCAUACUUGAUGCCUGCCAAUACCGACACCAAAUUCUUCUGGGCAUUGACCAAGAACAUAUACCGAUUCACGCCAAUCAAUCUCGUGGAAAAUCUGAAUAGGGCGCACACAACCAACGAGUUCAUCCGCGCGGACGAGUUUGUCAGAGAGCCUCUUUUCUUUGCUACCUUGAUUUUAAAUGCAGACGAUGCGGUUCAAGCUGGAGACUAGGUAGCAUCGUCAUUUAUGGAACAGAAAACUGCUUCGGAGGUCGUUUGUUGAACCUUCCCUAGCCGCAGUUUACUGUCAAUAGUGAGCAUGCAUUGUAGCCUCAAUCAUAUGCAUGUGUAGUCAAA